UCCAAUGGCAUUCACUACCCGAAAUGGUUGCAUCAGUUUGGCACUCAUCUUCCUUUUGGGAGCUUUGGUUUCUCAAGCCAUGGCUCGUACUCUCCAAGAUGCUUCAAUGCAUGAGAAGCAUGAAGAAUGGAUGAGUCGUUUUGGACGUGUAUACAAUGAUGGUAAUGAGAAGGAAAUCCGUUACAAAAUAUUCAAGGAAAAUGUUCAACGCAUAGAAUCCUUCAAUAAAGCGUCAGGGAAAUCAUACAAGCUAGGCAUAAAUCAGUUUGCAGAUCUUACUAACGAAGAGUUUAAAACCUCAAGAAACAGAUUCAAGGGUCAUAUGUGUUCUUCGCAAGCAGGCCCUUUCAGAUAUGAAAACCUUACUGCAGCACCAUCUUCCAUGGACUGGAGAAAGAAAGGAGCUGUUACAGCCAUCAAGGAUCAAGGCCAGUGCGGAUCCUGCUGGGCGUUUUCAGCAGUGGCUGCAGUAGAAGGAAUCACUCAGCUAGCAACUAGUAAACUGAUCUCACUUUCCGAGCAAGAACUAGUUGACUGCGACACUAAGGGAGAGGAUCAGGGCUGCCAAGGCGGUCUAAUGGAUGAUGCCUUUAAAUUCAUUGAACAAAAUCAAGGGCUGACCACUGAGGCUAACUAUCCUUAUGAGGGGUCUGAUGGAACAUGCAACACCAAGCAGGAAGCCAAUCAUGCAGCCAAGAUAAAUGGUUUUGAAGAUGUGCCAGCCAACAACGAGGGAGCACUGAUGAAGGCUGUUGCAAAGCAACCAGUUUCUGUCGCAAUUGAUGCUGGUGGUUUCGGGUUUCAGUUCUAUUCAAGUGGCAUUUUCACAGGAGAUUGCGGAACUGAACUAGAUCAUGGUGUUGCCGCUGUUGGGUACGGAGAGAGCAACGGAAUGAAUUAUUGGCUGGUGAAAAAUUCAUGGGGAACGCAAUGGGGCGAAGAAGGGUACAUAAGAAUGCAAAAAGACAUUGAUGCUAAGGAAGGACUUUGUGGUAUCGCAAUGCAGGCAUCUUACCCUACUGCUUGAAGUUCAAGAUCUAUGAAAAAUGCCAUUGAAGCACUGAAUGCAUAAAACAGUGUUUCUACCACUAUAUGUGGAUUCUGUGUAUAAUCUCAGAUAGACGAUGCACAGUUGAUCGUCCUCCUAUCAGAUAUUUAUGUAUAUGUAUAUAGCUUUAAUCUACAACUGAAAUUACUAUAAUAUGUAUGUGGAUAUAUAUUAUGCAAAAAAAAGCAAG